AUGGCAGCCAAUAUUACGGCGCCGCAUUGCCAGCCGGUGGAGGACGUGCUGAAAUUUUACAAUGUGAAGGCCGACCAUGGGCUUACGUCAGCCCAAGUAGAAGCGAACAGAAAAAAGUACGGCCCAAACGCCUUGGAAGAGCAGGAGAAGAAAUCGCUCUUGGAACUCAUCAUAGAGCAGUUCGAGGACACCUUGGUGCGAAUCCUGCUAGCCUCAGCUAUGAUCUCCUUCCUCCUGGCUUUCUUUGAUGAGAAGUCGAAGGAGGAAGGUUUGAAGGCGUACGUGGAGCCGUUUGUGAUCCUGACCAUUCUUAUCCUAAACGCCAUUAUUGCGAUUUGGCAGGACUCCAAAGCUGAGAAAGCUUUGGAUGCACUGAAGAAGCUAGCACCAGAGUGCGCUUUUGUUCUCCGGGAUGGAAACUGGACGAGCGUCGAUGCAGAAGACGUCGUGCCCGGUGACAUUUUGGAGGUUAAGGUCGGCGACAAGGUGCCCGCCGAUUGCCGAGUGAUGCGGCUCAAGACCACAACGAUCAAGAUCGAGCAGUCCCAGCUCACGGGCGAGUCCCAGAGCGUCUCUAAGGAGCCCGACCCACUGCCAAAGUCGAAGGAGAAGGAUUGCGUCAUCCAGGAGAAGAGCAACCUACUCUUCUCCUCGACCACCAUCUCCAAUGGCGCCUGCGUCGCAGUCGUCGUGGCGACAGGUAUGAGCACAGAGAUCGGCAUCAUCCAGGCAGCCGUGACCAAAGCCGGCGAGGAAGAGGAGCAGACGCCGCUGCAAGAAAAGCUCGACGAAUUCGGAAACCUGCUGGCAAAGAUGAUCGGCAUCAUCUGCUUGCUGGUAUGGGUGAUCAACUACAAGCACUUCUUCGAUCCCGUCCACGGCUCCGUGAUCAAGGGGUGCAUCUACUACUUCAAAAUUGCAGUGGCCCUUGCGGUGGCCGCCAUUCCAGAAGGACUUCCGGCGGUAAUCACCACUUGCUUAGCCCUGGGCACACGGCAGAUGGCCAAGCGAAACGCCAUCGUCCGGAAGCUGCCCUCCGUGGAGACGCUGGGUUGCACGACUGUCAUCUGCUCCGACAAGACUGGAACGCUGACGACCAACGAGAUGUGCGUGGUCAAGCUAGCCCUCCCCAGCGGCGACGGGCUGAAGGACUACGAUGUCGAAGGUCACAACUACAUGCCUGUGGGCCGCGUAGCGAAGCUGGACAUCGAUUGGGGGAAGAACGAGGCCAUCAAGACCUUGGCCAAGAUCGGCUGCAUGUGCAACGAGUCGAGGCUCCUGGUCGAUGAUGAGGAGAAGUUCAUCAGAAAUGGCGAGCCCACCGAAGCUGCCAUCCGUGUCUUGGUCGAGAAGCUCGGCUGUCCGGACCAGGCGCUCAACCAGAGAUGCUACCAGAAGGACAAGAGGUCGAAGGAAGAUGCUAUGGCUUUCUCGCAGUACUGGGAGAAGGGCAUGGAGAAGAAGGCCGUCCUGGAAUUCAGCCGGGACCGAAAGUCCAUGAGUGUGCUCUGGAACGACAGCGCCGCCGGUAGCAACAUCCUUUUCGCCAAGGGCGCUCCGGAGAUGCUCGUAAAGCGAUGCUCCAAGAUCAUGCUGCCCGACGGAAAGGUCGAACCCCUGACGGACAAGUGGCGAAAUGCCAUCGAAGGUGAGCUGCAGUCCAUGGCGCAGUCGGCGCUGCGAACCAUGGGCUUGGCAGUCAAGUCUCAGGACCUCGGGGAGCUGCAGACAUACGAUGGCUCCCAAAGCCAUCCAGGCCAUGCGCUCCUCGCAGAGCCGGCGAAAUUCGCUGAGAUUGAGUCUGAGAUGACCUUUGUUGGCAUGGUUGGCAUCCUGGACCCUCCGCGACCAGAGUGUAGCCCUGCCAUUGAGGCAUGCCGUGUCGCCGGCAUCAGCGUUAUCAUGAUCACCGGUGACAACAAGACGACAGCUGAGGCCAUCUCCCAAAAGCUGGGGAUCUUGGCGCCUUCGGGCGGCCACAAGGAGAACUCCUUCACUGGACAGGAGUUCGAGGCGCUCUCCGAGGAUCGCAAGGUCGAGGUGCUGCAGAAGAUCAUGGAGCGCAGAGAUAUCGAGGGCGCAGUGUUUUCCCGUACCGAGCCCAAGCACAAGCAGCUGAUUGUCAAGAUCCUCAAGUCAUUGGACGAGAUCGCGGCCAUGACUGGCGAUGGCGUCAAUGAUGCGCCGGCUUUGAAACAGGCCGACAUUGGCAUCGCCAUGGGCAUAGCAGGUACCGAGGUUGCCAAGGAAGCCUCGGACAUGGUCCUGGCCGACGACAACUUCACGAGCAUCGUGGCUGCCGUGGAGGAAGGCCGAUCCAUCUACAACAACAUGAAGGCCUUCAUCCGAUACAUGAUCUCGUCCAACGUCGGAGAAGUUGCAGCCAUUUUCAUCACGGCUGCCCUCGGCGUGCCGGAGGGCCUCACGCCAGUCCAGCUCCUUUGGGUGAACCUGGUCACCGACGGCCCCCCGGCCACUGCACUUGGUUUCAACCCUCCUGACCUGGAUGUGAUGAAGAAAGCGCCGCGACGGAAAGACGACGCUCUGAUCUCCGUCUGGUCCUACGUCCGCUACUUCGUGGUCGGCGCAUAUGUUGGCUGCGCUGUGGUUGGCAUCUUCAUGUACUGGUACAUCCUGGAUGUCAACCCAGAUGGUCACAGCUUGGUCACAUUAGAACAGCUGCUGACAUGGGGCAACUGCCAGCAGUGGAAG